CAGAAUCGAUGCCGCCAUGGAGCAAGCAACUUUCGCCGCUGCCGCCCAUGCACCGUCUCCACCUCCGCUCUCGUGGGCUCACCAGAUCCGCAUGGCCGCCGCCCAGGGCCACUUCCGCGACGCCGUCUCCGCCUUCCUCCGAAUGCGCGCCUCCGCCGCUCCGCGCUCGUCCGUGCCGACCUCCCUCCCCGCGGCGCUCAAGUCCUGCGCCGCCCUCGGCCUCCGCGCCCUCGGCGCCUCCCUCCACGGGCUGGCCAUCCGCUCCGGCGCAUUCGCCGACCGCUUCACCGCCAACGCCCUCCUCAACUUCUACUGCAAGCUACCAGAUUCGGAUCUCCGCCCCUCCGGUGUGACCACCGUGGAUGGCACGGGAUCACCGACCGCAUUGGAAAGCGGGCGGAAAGUGUUCGACGAAAUGCUUGAGAGGGACGUGGCGUCCUGGAACACUUUGGUGCUGGGCUGCGCGGAGGAAGGGAGGCACCAGGAAGCGCUGGGAUUGGUCAGGAAGAUGUGGAUGGAUGGGUUCAGGCCCGACUCGUUCACCUUGUCCAGUGUGCUGCCAAUCUUUGCGGAGUGUGCUGAUGUCAAGAGAGGCAUGGAGGUGCAUGGUUUUGCGAUCAGGAAUGGGUUUGACGAAGAUGUGUUUGUUGGCAGUAGCCUGAUUGAUAUGUAUGCAAAUUGCACUUGGACCGAUUACUCUGUGAAGGUGUUCGACAAUCUCCCAGUACGUGACCCAAUUCUGUGGAACUCCAUGCUCGCAGGGUGUGCACAAAAUGGUUCGGCUGAGGAGGCGAUUGGAAUAUUUCUUCGGAUGCUGCAGGCUGGAGUUAGGCCUGGGCCUGUGACUUUCUCGAGCCUCAUACCUGCUUGUGGCAAUUUGGGGUCGUUGCGCUUCGGGAAGCAGCUGCAUGCCUACGUGAUCCAGGGUGGGUUUCAAGAUAAUUUGUUUAUAUCUAGCUCCCUGAUUGACAUGUACUGCAAAUGUGGGGAAAUUAGCAUUGCCCGUCGCAUCUUUGACAGGAUGCCUUCACCAGACAUUGUAUCAUGGACCGCUAUGAUCAUGGGGUAUGCACUGCACGGUCCAGCAAGAGAGGCUUUUGUGCUGUUUGAGAGAAUGGAAUUGGGAAAUGUGAAGCCUAAUCAUAUCACCUUUCUUGCGGUUCUGACUGCAUGCAGUCAUGCUGGAUUGGUGGAUAAGGGCAGGAAGUAUUUCGAUAGUAUGUCGGAUCAUUAUGGAAUUGUUCCUACUCUACAGCAUUGUGCAGCACUUGCAGAUACCCUUGGCCGUGCAGGAGAGUUAGAUGAAGCAUAUAAUUUUAUAUCUAAGAUGCAAAUAAAGCCAACUGCAUGUGUGUGGUCCACAUUGUUAAGGGCUUCCAGAGUGCAUAAAAAUACUUCAUUGGCUGAGGAAGUAGCCAAGAAAAUUAUGGAGCUUGAGCCAAGGUGCAUUGGAUCUCAUGUAGUUUUAUCAAAUGUGUAUUCAGCUUCUGGGAGAUGGAAUGAAGCAGCACGCCUACGGAAAUCUAUGAGAAAUAAGGGUAUGAAGAAGGAUCCGGCUUGCAGUUGGAUUGACGUGAAGAAUAAACUGCAUGUGUUUGUAGCUCAUGAUAGGUCCCAUCCUUGGUAUGAUAGGAUUAUUGAUGCACUGAAUGUUUUCUCAGAGAAGAUGGCACUCCAAGGAUAUGUGCCUAACACAGAGGAUGUUGUCCAGGAUAUUGAAGAAGAGCAGAAGAGAUAUGUGUUAUGUGGUCACAGUGAGAAACUUGCUAUAGUGUUUGGUAUUAUAUGCACACCACCUGGAACCACAAUUCGUGUGAUGAAGAAUCUCCGAGUCUGUAUUGAUUGCCACACAGUAACAAAGUAUAUUUCAAAAUUAGCUGAGAGGGAGAUUGUUGUGCGUGAUGCGAACCGUUUCCACCACUUUAAGGAUGGAAAUUGUUCCUGCGGUGACUUUUGGUGAUUGGACAACGCUUUGGGAUAUCAUAUGUUUGUGAAAUGAGUUCCUACUGCAUGUUGCUAUACUGAGUGUGGGAAAUUGAUGGAAAGGAUCCUUCCCAAUCUAAGUAUUUUCCAUCAUGACAAGGAUAUAAGCUAUUUGUAUAUUUCUGAAAUUUUAGUUCAAUCCCUAGGCCGAACUUAAGGUUGCCUUUAGUUUAGAAAACCAAGUCGGUUCAUAAUGAGGCAGUCAGUCUCAUACUCUCUUUUGAAGACUAUAGUGAGUUGGACUAAAGAGGGCAGUAAGCACAAUUGAAAGCCAUGCACAUCACCAUAUGUCUUGAUUCUUUGAACACAUUAAGGUAAACUUACUGGUUUUACAAUCAAAUGGCUGCUUUUUCAUGAUAUAAAAUUCAGCUGCAGUGUGUUCCCCAUAUAAACCAUUUUUUGCUCACAGAUUGUAGUUUCUUCUCAGUUCGAGGAUAAAAAAUGUAGUUUCUUCUGAAAAACGUGCCUAGGCAUGGUCGCCAAAAAAAUGUAGUUUCUUCUGAUUAAAGUACCUUUUGUUGUUCUGUAGCUUCCAUUAACCUACUAGCUAGGGUAUGCUCCAUUCCUGGAAUUAUUAUCUUUUCACCAUCGAAUCAUGGUCACAGUCAUGGGUCACCUAAUCCCACACCUGCAUAAAGAAUACAUUAAGUUACGGGUACGUGAAGUAUGUUUAAUUGAUUAAUCAUCCAGCCUUGAUGUCCAGAACUUAAUCAUUAUAAUCCCACGCUGUAUAUUUGGGCAAGUUUAUACAUUAAGAAUACAUUAAGUUUAAUCUUGCAGUAGCUGCUUGUCCAGAACAGAGGCAAGUUUUCGUAAUGCUUGACAAACCCACUGCCAGAUGCUCAUCUCUCCAACGAACAUAGGAUAUAGGUCGCUAUGUACAAACUCUGUAAUUACUGAUAGUCAAAUCAAUGCUUUGUAGUAGUGUGUAAUUAUUUCAACUGUUUUUUUUUUUGCCAUGAGAUGGGAGAACUUGAAUGAUAAAUCAAUCUUUAGUCCUGUUCCAGUGAUCGUUCACUAUCAGGAUGUUGAUGUUUUUCGGUUUAAAAUGAUUUCAUUUCUUCCCUUUGUUAUUCUGACAUGUAAAAUUUUGUGCUGCAGCAUUCUUACUGGGCUCUUGUCAUUCAUGAUGGAUGAUGCUCUGACAACUGGAAGCAUCAAGACUUAAGAUGCAGAGAAGAGACGCUUAGCAAAAGCUUCCCUUGCAUACAAUUGUGAGAGCGAAAACUGCCCGCACUUCAGGAAACUGUUCCCAGAGUACGUUGCGAAGUACAACCAACAGCAACAAUUGGAGAACACCGCCGCAGAACCAGAGCCCCGUGAGAAUCCUGCUGCCCCUGCUCCUUCUCCUGCAGUCCAGUUGUGGCCAAUAGAGCGCAGCCAGUGGCAGAGGCACGUCGCGAGAAGAACCAGAAGAAAGCGGUCCCCUUCUGGAUGGUUCUGGUCAUGUUUUCAGUUUUUGGUGCCGUGAUGGCCUUGCCCCUAAUGCAACUUGGAGAAUAAUAAAUGACUGAGAAAGUGUGAUACCGGGGCGUAAUUUUGUAUAUUUUCUACUGGCCUUCCUCUUGGAGUCAUGUUGGUAAACAUGUGAUGGUAAAUCUGUAGAACUGUAUUCUCUCUCGAAUCUUGACAAGAAGCAUCAGAAGGUCGCUCAUUUUCUUCUGUUUA